ACGUCUGCGCCCUAAGAGAAAGGAAGGUUUCUUCCUUUCUCUCUCCCUUUCUCGCUUCUCUCUUACCUUUCCCCCAGAAACGUGCAUUGGCUCAAGUUUCAAGUGGUUGUCCGUCAGACUUUGAUAAAUAAGGCUAUCACAUGUCAAUUUGUUGUUGUUCACGUGGAAGAACUCGUAGGGGAUCCCGAGUCCUAUUGUUUAGUCGCUUAGUACCUUGUACCUUGAUUAUUAAGCCCGACAUGCGCGACUGCUGAGCUGAAUGACGUAUUAAUAGUGGUUAUUAUGAGUGGAGACACUUUAAAAUAGCUCCGCAGCUAUUUCGGGUAUAACAAGAAACGCCUUUUCCAAUCAAGUUGUCCUUUCAAAUAUCAAGAAAGAAGACUGUGUUACUGUAUCCACAGUGGAUCUCUGUGGAUACCGUAGCAGUUAGGAGAUGGCAGAAAAACAGGCCUUGUACAGGCCGUGUUUGGUACUCGAUAUCAAAGUAGUACGUGGACGGAAUAUAACCCUGGGCACUUAUUCUGACUGGGUUGAUACACCGGAUCCAUACGUAAAACUGUUCAUUAGAACAGCACCAAAUGGCAGGAAGAGAACCAAAGCGAAAAACAACACAGCUAACCCGGUGUGGGAAGAAACGUUAAAGUUUUAUCUUGAUCCAAAUGUGAAAAACAUUUUGGAGAUAACUCUGAUGGAGUCAGACACAUUCAGCGACGAUUUGGUAGACACAAAGUCAUUCGACUUAAAUGAAUUGACAAUUGAUGAAACUUACAAGAAAACAUUUGUCUUCAAAGGGACCUCAGAGGUUGAUGUUGAGAUGAAAGUAAAAACAUGCUCUGCAGUCACAGACAUGAGGUACAGCCUGAACCUUUGUGACGAGGAAACUGAUUUUCGUCAGAAGAGGAAAAGAGUUGUUUUUGAAGCCAUGAGAAAACUGCUCAGAGAACGAGGACCAAAAGAAAUUGGUGAGGUGCCCUCGAUUGCUGUUCUUGGCUCUGGAGGAGGCUUUCGUGCCAUGGUUUCCCUCAGUGGUGUAUUCUGUGCUCUAAAGGAGAUAGGUGUGUUAGACUGUGUCAUGUACACAGCAGGACUGUCAGGGUCCGCGUGGUAUCUUUCCACGUUAUAUUCUCAUCCUGAGUGGCCGAAAGCCCAUCCAUGUGAAAUCAAACGUGAUUUGAGAAAAAAUGUCAAAGAUAACUGGAUGUGGUUGUUGCUAACUCCAUCAUGGAUGUACAAUCACGUAAACAUCAUCCUGGAUAAGAGAUCACGUGGACAGCCUGUCAGUUUCACAGAUUUCUUUGGUUAUCUGGUUGGAGAAACUAUUCUGAAAGACCGGAAAGAUGUUCCAAAAUUAAGCGAACAGCGCUAUGCAGUGAAAGAUGGUGCGGCUCCAAUGCCACUGUACACCUGUCUUCAUGUAAAGAAGAACGAAGUUGCACAGAACUUUUGCGAAUGGCUCGAAUUCAGCCCUUAUGAAGUUGGCAUGGCAAAAUAUGGCACGUUCAUGAAGACUGAGAAUUUUGGAAGCAAAUACUUUUGUGGCAAAUUGGUUACACCAUAUCCUGAGCCUCCGCUACUUUAUUUGCAAGGCAUCUGGGGUAGUGCUUUGACAAUAAUGCUUCAGCGAGUUCUAAACGAAGACCAGUCACCAACCGACACAGUCAAAAACAUGAGCAACUCUGGCGACUUGAGACAAGAGUUGCAGACAGAUGUUUUAAACGACCCCAUUAGUGAGGACGAAGAAAGCGACGAAGAAAUGGAUCUCGGUGCCAUGGAUGAGAAGGAUUCGAAAGAUGAGGACUCUGAAGACCCAGGUUUCCUGAAGAGUAUAGCGGAAAGCUUUGUGGAAAAAAUAUCUUUCCUGAAAACGCGAUCUGGUCGAGCAGGCAUAGUGCACAACUUUUUACGCGGCCUUAAGUUAAUGACCACCCCAGUCCCCUCGGCCGAAGCUAAAGAGGUCACUGACACCGCUGACCAUUUAGCUGUAAAGGCUAAACGUAUCUACUUGGUUGACAGCGGGCUCUUGUUCAAUUCACCAUAUCCUCCUCUACUCAGACCUGAGCGAGAUGUUGACAUUUUCCUGUCAUUUGACUUCAGUGCUCGAGAGAAGGACAACGAACUUUCUUUCAAUGAGCUGUAUUUGGCAGAGCAAUGGGCAAGAGAAAACAAUUUGAAGUUUCCACCAAUUAACGCCAAGGAACAGUUGCAAAAGGACGGAAUCAAAGAAUAUUACGUGUUCACUGAUCUCGCAGAUCCGACCUGUCCGGUUGUAGUGCAUUUCCCUCUUGUCAACAAAACUUUCAAGGAGCAGAGCAAACCAGGAGUUCCACGAACGACUGCUGAGGAAAAGAAAUUUGCAAACUUCUCCGUGUUUGAAGAUCCCGAUGACUAUUACAGCACGUUCAAUUUUCAUUACCCCACAGAGCCGUUUGAUCGUCUGUCAGCAGUAACAGAAUUCAACACUCUGUUAGGUAAACAGGCCAUCAUGGAUGUCAUAGCUGACUGUGUGAGGAAAAGACGCGGAAGGUAAAAACCGAUCAACUGUCCGCGGCCGUACACAAAUUUCGUGAUUGUGGAUGGCACGAGGAAGGACAUACGUCAGGAACUUCAAAUUUUUCAGUUAUGGGAUAAGAGUCGCGAAAAUCGCUACUUUUAAAGUCUGGAGCUCAUUGUACUCGGUGUAUGUAAACGGAAUAGAACUUAUAAGCGUAACUGGGAAUUAAUUUAGCUCAUCAUUUUCAUACACGACCACUAUGCUUUACUUCUGUAUUAAGUUGUUUGCUUUCGUAUCUGACCUACGUUGAAGUGCGUGACGAAGGUUUUAGUGACGAGAAAUUUUUAAAGGUGUGUCUAAUCAACAAAAGUAAAUCAGUAAAUCAUAGAAAAUUAAAUAAAGUAACAGAAAACUCA